GAUUGAGGAGAGUCAAGAGCUGAAGGAUAUGGAAGAGAAAGAGCAGAAUGAGAACGAUCGUGAUUUCAAAAUUGGAGAAAAAUUAAUGAGAAAAACUAAGGAGUGCUCCUCUCAAAAAAGUGUCCAGAAGAUUGAAUUGAAGAGCUUUUUUACCUGCCAUCAGUGUGGAAAGAGUUUCAAUCGAAAAGGAAGCCUUAAGGUCCACAUCAGAAUUCACAAUAGAGACAUCGCUUUCACCUGCAAACAGUGUGGAAAGUGUUGCACUACCAAUGAAAACCUUAAAAUUCACAUGAGAGUUCACACUGGAGAGAAGCCUUACAACUGCCAGCAGUGUGGAAAGAGUUUUGCUCAAAAAAGAUACCUUGCAGUCCACAUGAGAAGUCACUCUGGAGAAAAGCCUUAUACUUGCUCUCAGUGUGGACAGAGUUUUGCAUAUAAAUGCAACCUAAAUUCCCACAUGAGAACUCACAGUGAAGAGAGCUUGUUCACCUGCAAACAGUGUGGAAAGAAUUUCCCUCAAAAACAAAACCUGGCAGUCCACAUGAGGAUUCACACUGGAGAGAGACAUUUUAUCUGUAAACAGUGUGGAAAGAGUUUCAUUGGAAAAGGAGUCCUCGAAGUCCACAUGAGAAUUCACUCUGGAGAGAAGCCUUACACUUGCACUCAGUGCAGAAAGAGUUUUACUCACAAAAACACCUUUAAUUACCACAUGAGAAGUCACACGGGAGAGAAGCUGUUCACAUGUGAUCAGUGUGGGAAGAGCUUCACGACAGAACUAACCCGUAGAUGCCACAUGACCAUUCACACCGGAGAGAAACAGUUCAUAUGUGGUCAGUGUGGAAGGUGUUUCUCACACAAAGUAAGCCUUAAUCGUCACACAAAGACUCACUUAGAAAACU